AUGCACCUCGAGUUUUCUUGGCUGGCUUUCGUGCUCUGCCUGUUCCUGCAACUGGAUCUGUACCAGGACUCGGUGCAGGCUGCCAACAUCCUAGGCAUAUUUUCCUACCACUUCAGGUCACAUAAUCUGGUUUUGCGUCCAUUCGCAAGGGCUCUAGUUAAACGGGGACACAAUGUCACGUUGAUCACACCAGUUGGAAUGCCUCCAGAUAUCGAGGGAGUUCGACAUAUACGCGUUCCCAAGCUAAAUCAACGCGUCCAGGAAAUGUUCGAGUGUGACCAACUGUUGGACUUCUUUGGCAGCAAAUGGAUAGCAAGCCUGAUGGCAGUGUCAAAGCUCUACAAUAUGUCAUCGGAUAUACUAAGCGACAAAGGUGUUCAAAAGAUGUUACAAGACAGAAAUGAACAUUUUGACCUAGUUAUGCUAGAACCGUCUGCCCUAGAAGCGCUUUAUGGCGUCGUGGAGCACUAUAAUGCAACACUGAUGGGUUUUUCAGGUGGUAAUGUCAACUGGAGUACCGAAGAAGUCGCUGGAAACUUGGCACCAAGUAUCAACGAUCCGAUCUCAUCGCUGGGCUAUUCCCGGGGCAAUUCGCUCCUCAGCAAAAUUUACAACUGGGUCCAUAUCACAGAGGAAAAGCUGCUGAAGCACCUGAUCGUCCGACCAUCUCAACUGCGCAUCUUUAAGCGGUUUUUUGGCUAUUCCGAGCAGAAAUUUUACAAAAUGCUGGACAACGUAUAUGUGAUUGAACAACCACCUCAGCGCGUUCUGGCCCAUCCCAAUACUCGCCUCUUCAUCACAAACGGAGGUCUGCUAAGUGUAAUGGAGGCUGUUAACAGUUGAGUGCCGAUCUUGGGAUUGCCAGUGUUCUUCGACCAGUUUACUAAUCUGCGGAAUGUUAAUCUGCGUGGCAUGGCCAAGGUCUUGGACGCCAAUGAGAUGAGCUUGGAAAUUCUGACCUCAACUAUUCGGGAGCUGCUGGAGAACCCAAAAUAUGCUCUGAAUGCCAAGAAAACGUCGCAAUCCUUCAGGGACCGACCCAUGUGUCCUUUGGACACAGCAGAUUGGUGGACGGAAUACGCCCUGCGGAAUGGUGACGCCUCACAUAUGCGCCUUAAGACGGAGGAUGUUCCUCUUUACUACGAAUGGGAUUGGGUGCUCCUGUUAGGUCUCCGCUUUGGUAUUGUGUUUGGAUCUGUGAUCUACUUGUUCUACAAGUUAUUUAAAAAAUUUAGGGCAAGGCGAAUGUCACUUCAAGAGAUAGGAACUGUUUCUCAACAUCUUAGCCUGCUUGAUCGAAGACCGCAAACACAAUAG